AUGAAGCUCACUCAGAUUACCCUUGCUGCCACGGCCCUGUUUGCGACAGCAAUUGCCCUGAGCCUCGAUGAUCUGCCCAGCUGCGCGACAAGUUGCGCCACCGAUGCAAUCCCCGCCAAGUGCGGCAUCGAUGUCGAGUGUAUCUGCUCUGAUUCGUCCUUCCUGAGCGACAUUACCUGCUGUGUGGCGACCGCCUGCUCCACGGCUGACCAGGAGACUACCCUCAAGGUCGCCAAGAGCAUCUGUGCUAGUGGAGGUGUGACCAACCUGCCCACCACCGUCGCCUGCUCCAGCACUGCCAGCUCCACCGGCACCGAGACCAGCUCCAAGACCAGCUCCAAGACUGAGAGCAAGACCACCACUGCCACCAAUGCUUCGGAGACCACCCUGACCGGCUCAGCCACUACGUCUGCUGCCUCGGCUACUGAGACAGGAUCCUCGUCCGCUGCUGCCUCGUCGGCCGCUGCCACUACCGGCGCUGCAAUUUUGGGACAGACCAAGGACUCGUCUCUGAUGGCUGCCGCCGGAGCUGCUGCUGCUUUCGCUGUCUUCCUUUAA